CUAAAGUCAUAUGAUCGAUUUGUGAUUCUUCCCUUCAGAAUUACAGUUCUCUUCGUUCGUUGCAAAGAUGGCCAGCCAGACGCAAGGUAUUCAACAGCUUCUGGCUGCCGAAAAAAGAGCCGCGGAGAAAGUUUCGGAUGCUCGAAAGCGUAAGGCACGCCGAUUAAAACAGGCAAAGGAGGAAGCUCAAGAUGAAAUUGAAAAGUAUAGGCAAGAACGUGAAAGGCAAUUUCGUGAAUUUGAAGCCAAGCACAUGGGCUCAAAGGAAGACGUUGCUGCACGUAUAGAGGCUGACACAAAAGUUAAAAUAGAAGAAAUGAAUCAGGCUGUGUCUCUGGAGAAAAACACUGUCAUGCUUGAAAUUUUGGAGUUGGUGUACAACAUUAAACCAGAGUUGCACAAGAAUUACCGCGUUGAAGUUUAAGUUGCAAGGAAUGCAUCAACUAAUUAUAAAUAUUACAUCUCACGCUAUAAAUGUACAUUAAGUACUUUCCUUUACCAUAUCUUAAAACGUAUCUAUUAUUGUUAUGUUGUACUUUUAUCAGAGGAAGCAUAUACCUUUUAAUCGUAGAUGGUGGUAUUUGAAUUAUUAGAAUUUUUUCCGCAGCUGCUAUACGACAAUAAAUGUAAUCGUAACUAUGCUGAGCUUUUACCACCGUAUUGGAAAGUUUAAGGAUUAUUGUAGUUGCAUCACGAUAGUAGUAUAAAUGUAUUGAACAAGUUGCCGUCAUUGUGAUAUAUCAAGGCCUAGAUAUAUUAGGAUGACGUUUAUAUGUUAAAAUUUAGGGUGGUGGCAAAAAAAAAAUGAUACAUCAUUAAAUGUAUGUUGCUAGAUGUCAUUCCAUAAUUCUGCUGCAUCGAGGACAUAAAAUGUGAUUAAAAAAUAGCGUACAACCUCCUGAGAAUUACAGACAAGCUCCCGGUCGAACGUAGUUCUCGCGACGAUGUACAAAUAUAUCGUUUCGUUUUAUUUGAAAUCUUUAAGCUUUAUUAAGUUAUACGAAAUAAUAGUUACACCUCAUGUGUAUGCCCUGUCUCUUCGAGCUGGUUAAUCUGUACAGUAUUAACGUUCAAAAAUAAAAAUAACCAAAGUGUACGUAUACGU